ACAUAUAUUUUGGUACUAUUUGAUCAAUCACACUAUGUAAGUUUUCUGCCACCACCUUGACGUAGAAUAGUAAGAUAGCAGUAGUGUUGGUGCAGGAUGAGGGAGAGAGAGAUGAUGGGUAAUGAGGUUAUUUAGGAAGGAAGUGAAGGGUCAUUUUAAUGAAGGAGUCCGCGUUAUGGGGGCAACAACAGGAAAGCUGGGAGUGUCAGUACGUGUGGCGUGCAUGACUGAGCAAGUGUAAUGGUGAAUGUUAAUACCUCCAAAAAUCGAAUCAAUAUCUUCCGGCUUUCUCACGGAAAAUCAAAGGAAAAGGAAAGUAGGUAAAUAAAGGGAAAAUAUUGUGUUUGGAGAAAGUGGUAAUGUUGGUACUAACGAGACUGAUGAAAGAUUUCGUAACACGGUAAUAGCUUGGCUUUUACGGUAAUCUUCACUGCGGCUGGGGGCCUCUGUGGUUUUUACUUCGUGUGUUUGAUGCAGAAACUGUGAGAACCAGCUCAUUUUCUGACGGGUGAUUUUGGGUUGUUUCUUUAGCUUUUGCCUUUCGGUUUUUAUUUUGGUGAUGGUGAGUUAAAAAUUCCCAUUGGCAGUUCACUGUUCCACUGAAUUUCCGAUCUUGACGCAAAACGAUUGGAAUGCUGGUGUAAUAGUUCGGAUGGAAUGCCGGUGUAAUAUGCCAGUCCCAUUGGUGUUUGCAAUUGCUUCUUCCUUGAUACGGUUUUAGAUUUAUUGGUUUCGUUUUUGCUGAUAGCCUGAUACCACCUCAAACUUGGAAUGCUUAAUUUCACCUCAUUACAUGUAACUUUUUAUUACACUAACCAGCUUUGUAGAUUUGAUAUGUGGGUCUUGGUUUUUGUUGGAAUUUACACGGAGAGUGGCUUUUGGGGUUCUGUGUUUAUGUUUCCAACUUGAUAUGGAGCACAUUUCUUCAUGUGGGGUUUUAGGUUUUUUCAAACUUCAACGGGGGAAGAAAUCAUACAUAAAUGUGCUUUGUUUGAUUUGUAGAUGUUGGAUUUGAAACUUGGAGCUUUAAAGGCCACAAGAGGGCCUGGUGGUAUGAAUGCUUAAAAAAUAUUGGAAAACAAAGAAACAGAGUGAUCAGGAAGAGAGAAAAGAAAUAGUGGGGGAAGUGAGGUGGAGUCAGAUUUGUGCUUGCGGGUGUCGCAAGUCUCAGCAUUAUUUUAAUGUUAGGAGUCUGUUGGCGAUGUCUCCUGGGCUGACUAGGUGCACCCGGACUCCGUGGGCUUUGCCGCCGACCAAGGAAACAGCCUCUUCUUUGCCUCUCUUGGCAUUCAAGAGAGCCUUUUCUUAAAAAAUUGCACAACUCCAUCUUGUGUUUCCCUUUAUCUCUUUCUCUCUCUUACUCAGACUCUUUGCCUCGGUUUGCUGUAAAAAAAGAUUCGCUCUCAUACCACCACAAGCAUAUAUCCUUCCCCUCUUUGAGAUCCUUCUUUUCUCUCUUGGAGAGCAGGAGCUUGGUUGCAUUGAGAAAUCUGGUCCCCACACCUGGGACUCUUCUUUCUAUUUCUGGGUAUUUUCCCUCGAUUGAAAAGUCGAUGUAUGGGGAUGUGUCGGGGUGACUAGCACUACUCAGUUGAGUAUUAGAGAAGGCUGGUUUGAAGGUAUAAAGGGUGAAGCUGAUCUCUUGCUUUCAAAGAUGAAGUUUAUGAAACUUGGAUCGAAGCCGGAUUCCUUUCAGACUGAUGGGAACGAAUUCAGGUAUGCGGCAAGUGAGCUGGCAACAGACAUUGUUCUUAUUGUGGGGGAUGUAAAAUUCUAUCUUCAUAAGUUUCCUCUACUGUCUAAGAGUGCCCGCUUGCAGAAGUUGGUCACAACCACUACCGAAGAGAACACAGAUGAAAUUCACAUGUCUAACAUACCUGGUGGUCCAUCUGCCUUUGAGAUAUGUGCCAAGUUUUGUUAUGGCAUGACUGUCACCCUCAAUGCAUACAACGUUGUUGCAGCUCGAUGUGCAGCCGAGUACCUAGAAAUGAAUGAGACCAUGGAGAGAGGGAACCUCAUUUAUAAGAUUGAUGUCUUUCUUAGCUCUAGUAUUUUCCGCAGCUGGAAAGAUUCGAUCAUUGUUCUGCAGACUACAAAGUUUCUGUCACCCUUAUCUGAGGAGUUGAAGGUGGUCAGCAACUGUAUUGAAUCUAUAGCUACCAAGGCCUGUGUUGAUGUUUCCAAGGUUAACUGGUCUUAUACCUAUAAUCGGAAGAAGCUCCCGGAGGAAAAUGGGAAUGGUUCAACCUGGAAUGGUGUCAGAAACCGUCCAGUGCCAAAAGACUGGUGGGUUGAGGAUUUGUGUGAGCUUGAAAUUGAUCUAUAUAAGCGUGCUCUAAUGAAUAUUAAAACUAAAGGGAUAGUUUCAAAUGAUGUGAUUGGGGAGGCCUUGAAAGCCUAUGCCUAUAGAAGGUUGCCCGGUUUCAGCAAGGGUUUGAUUCAGUCAGGAGAUAUGGUAAAGUAUCGGUCAAUAGUGGACACAAUAGUGUGGCUGUUGCCUGCAGAGAAAGGCAGUGUCACUUGUAGUUUCUUGCUCCAGUUGUUGAAAGCCUCCAUUUUUGUGGACUCAGGAGAGAUGGCCAAGGUUGAGCUGGUAAGGAGAAUAGGACAGCAACUGGAGGAGGCUUCUGUAAAUGAUCUUUUGAUCCGAGCAUCAGAAGAGGAAACUACCAUGUUUGAUGUUAGUUCAGUACAGAAAAUAGUACAAGAGUUCCUAAUGCAAGAUCAGAAUGCUGAGAUUGAAUCACUCGAAGAAAGCAAUGAGCUUCAUAAGACAAGAAGACCAGGGAUUUUAUCGGAUGCUUCCAAGCUGAUGGUAGCAAAAUCGAUAGAUGGAUACCUUGCCGAAAUCUCUAAGGAUCCCAACCUACCCUUGUUGAUGUUUGUUGAUCUUGCCAAUAUGGUGUCCGGUAUCUGUCGGCCUGCUCACGAUGGGCUUUAUCGUGCCAUUGACAUGUAUCUAAAGGAGCACCCAGGGAUCAGCAAGAGCGAGAGGAAGAGGAUAUGCAAGCUGAUGGACUGCAAGAAGCUUUCAGUUGAUGCAUGCAUGCAUGCUGUUCAAAAUGAGAGACUGCCAUUGCGUGUAGUUGUGCAGGUACUCUUUUUUGAGCAGGUUAGGGCUGCUGCAUCAUCAGGCAGCAGCACUCCUGACCUACUAAAAGGCAUCAAGGAUCUAAAUAGCGGCUCUCAUGGGAGCUCAAGAUCAGCAACAACAAACACAGAGGAAGACUGGGAUGCAGUGGCGACAGCUGAGGAGCUCAAGGCACUAAAGGGGGAGCUAGCUACUUUAAGGUUGGCCAAUGGAGUUGGAGGCAGUGAGAGGAACGAUGAUGGUAAAGGUAAUGUUGACAAAGCUGCCAUUUACAAAAUGAAAGGGCUGCUCAAGUCAAAGAAGAUCUUUGCCAAACUGUGGUCUAGCAAAGGGGGACAAGGUGACAAUAGUGGCUCGGAUUCAUCAGAUAGUCUUGGUUCUGCCAACCCAGAGGAAGUUAAAUCAACACCUUCCCGAAAUAGGAGGCAUUCAGUAUCUUAGAUUCAAUUGACAGAAAUAGUGUUGGUGGGUUCUUUUGGGCCUUUUGCUUUCUUAAUGACAUUAGCAAACUUCAACAGUAGUGCUUAUCGUUUAAUGUAGCAAAAAUGAAGUGCAUAUAGAUUUUAGAUGA